AUGACUGAAAGUUCUUCUAUAAAGGAUUGUAUUGAUAAACUAGAACAAUACACGAACUUAAGUCAUGACCUUUUUGGUAGGCCCCAGAAAAUGGCAGUGGCCGGGGACUACCUCUACUGGACGCAAGGAAAAGAGCAAAAGCUUUACCGAGUUCUUAAAGAUAAGCUAGACAAUAUUGCACAGCCUGUGAUUGACGAUAAGACCACAUUAUCGAACAAAGAGAACGCAAAGCUGACUAAAGAAGAGGAACUACUUCGGGAGCGCACUCGUCAAAUCACAUCGGGCGUCUCUUCUUUUCGGGUACGUGAGACCGAUCAUACCAUUUUUUAUUUUAUCGGCUUGGAUUUUUUUAUCUACUACACACAGGGCCCGCGCGCGCACAAAGAGCCCUUGAAAGUAUUUUCUUACAUCUCAAAAGAAGACAAGGCGCGUUAUACGGACACUUUGGCCACCGAGCCGAACUUGUGCGUGCAGUUCACCGAAAAAGCCCCCAAUUCCGGCGAGGACCCCCUCACCACAUUCACCUUUGUCCAUCAAAACAACCUCUACAUCGGGAAGUUGACCGAGGAUCCCGCGAACGACGCGGCGCCGCUCGCGCUUUCCCUUGAGCAGGUCACCCACAUCGGCGAUGAGGCGCAUCAGUGCGGCCUGGCGGACUACAUCAUGCAGGAGGAGUUCAGUCGCUAUACCGGGCAUUACGCCAACGAGGAGUAUAUCAUCUUUACCUAUACCGACUCGACCAUUAUGCGGCAGGUCCUCUUACUGAAAGGGGAAACCGACGACGAGGGCUUGGAGGAUGACGGGGUGGAGCGGAUGGCCUAUUCCCGCGUUGGCGAUCCCAACACGCUCACCACCAUCGUGGUCUACGAGCGCCGCACCCGCGCCAUGCGCUACGUCCCCGCCAAAGCGCUCGACGCCCUCCAGCUCGAUGGCGGGGUCGAGUACAUCCCACGCUUCGGCUUCAAGGGCCCCGCCGGGAUUUAUCUCUAUUUGCUGAACCGCACUCAAGAACACGCGGUGGUGGUGUCCGGCCCGAUCCACGCCCUGCCCGUUAUCGAUGAGGCGGGCUUGCAAGGGUUGUAUGCCUCCUCUGGUGGAGACCCCGGCGCCGACGCCUCGCGCGAGAUCCCCUGGACGCGGGAGUGGAGCCAGCAAAUCCCCUGGGGCCUGGGGUCCAAGUGGGCUACGGCGAUCCGAUCAGCUUUGGCGAGGCCUACGACAUCGCGGCCUUCGCGGCGGUGGAGAGCCCGACGGCGCACACCCACCUCUACGCCCGGCCCGCCGGGGCAGGCGAGGCGGACUGGCGGCCGCUGA